AUGGGAUUAGUAUCGAGAUGGGCAGAUAACGCUGAUGAAAAAGACAAGAAUUCAACGGCGGAAAAAGUCGAGAAAGGAGAAGAAAAGAACAUAGGUUUAAGUAAUAGUAAGUGGGCUCAUGCAGAAGAUUCUACAGAUCUGGAUAUCUCAAGACCAAAAGGUCCAAAAAAUCAAUAUAACAAUAAUCUGAAUUUCAAUCAAAGAAACGAUCCCAAUAGACGAUAUAAUGACAAUGAUCAACGCAACAAUCAUUAUCGAAAUGGACGAUAUAAUGGUAAUCGAUCAAAUGCAUACAAUUCAAAUAGAAAAGACUAUGGAAAUCGAAAGUCCCGCCAAAACAAUCGCGAAGAAGAUCUUGAUGAUGGGGAUGAUGAAGAAACAGUAGUUGAGGAUGAUGAAAGAGAGGAAAUCCUAUACGAAAAAGGACCAAUAACAGAUGCUGCAAAGUCAUUAAUGUCAAGGAUAACGCUUCCUAGUGUUGACCCUAGGCCAAAUAGCAAAAGUAGUCAUACCAGCGAUAAGACGGCUUGGGAGGAAGAUGAAGGAGAAGAAGAAGAAGAAGAAUGGGAAGAUGACGAUAAUGAAGAUUAUAGGGAUGAUGAAGAUGAGGACAGUGAGGAAGAUGAAGAUGAUGAAGAGAGACCACCCAUUGGUAAAAAUCCAUUAGCAGCAAGAUUAGAUGGAUUCAAAGACAAUAAUAGAAACACGAAACCGAUUUCAAAUUUUUCGAAAGGUCUUCUGAAAAUCAAACCUAUCAGUAAAAGCAAAUUCAAAACCUCAAAUCCUACUACCAAAUCAAAACCUACUUUCACUCCAACCAAAGAAAAAACAAUAUCAUUUUCAUCAUUCACCAAAAGUAAUCGAGAUAAACAACCAACUCAAUUUGAUUUUACUAAACAUUUAAAAUCAGACAACACACAAGAGAAAGAAAUUGAUGAAGCAAAAGAAAAAAAAGAAAAAGAAGAUUUGUUAAAAAUGAUUGAAGAAUUUGAAAGUAAAAAAUUGGAUUGGGCAAGUUUUGAAGAUUGA